AAUGACGAAGGCACUCCUGAGCACAGGCCUCCUCUUGGCCCUGCUUUCUCCAGCAUUACCUCAGAACUGCAGGUAUGUGUAUAACAGGACUGGACUGACAUAUAAUGACUAUAUAAAAAUACCCUGUAACUUCAAUCAAGAUUCCUGUGUUGCCAGUGUUCUACGUACAAAUAUAAAAAAUGCAGGAAAACCCCAAGUGCAACUUUUGAAUAAUUGCUUGCUGUCCAGAUCCUGUUCUUCAGGCCAUUACAGCUUCACUACAGCGGAUGGUAAAUUCUUUGAGAUGAAGAAGCGCUGCUGCAACACUGAAAUGUGUAACAAUGCAACUCUCAGCCUUCCUGAUCACAACAUGCUGGCUGAAAAUGGUCUGCAGUGCCCAUCCUGCUUCUCUGAAGGAGAUAAAAUGUGUAAAAGCGAGAAGACGGUCAACUGCCUUGAUAAUGAGACCCAGUGUCUUCAAUUUAAAGGACUUCUUAUUUCCGGACGUGGGACCGCCACUAGCCUCUAUGACUAA